CACAACGGUUGGGAGAAAUGUUUUUGCCAAAAAUCUCAGAAACCUCAUCAGGAGGGCUUUAAACUGACUAAUGUGGGGGAGGGAGAUAGUGCUCCUGAAGGUAGGAGUCUAUCAAUUGAUGAAGAUGAUCAUCCAAAUGUCAUAGACCAAAUGGAGCAAACAGCACACAGACCUAGUGGUGGGAGGAAAAAUCCUUAAAUAAGAGUCACGGGGAAUGAUUAAUGGACUUCAAUGUCUGUACACUAAUGCGCAAAGCAUGGGAAAUAAACAAGAUGAGCUUGAGCUCUUGGUACAGCAAACUAAAUAUGACAUAAUAGGCAUCACUGAAACCUGGUGGGAUAAGUCCCACGAUUGGAAUGUAAUAAUGGGGGAUACAAUCUAUUUCAGAGAAACAGACCAGACAAGAAAGGAGGAGGAGUGGCGUUAUAUGUCAGGGAUGUGUAUACCUGUGAAGAGAUCCAAGAUUUAGAACCUCAAAGCCAAAGUGAGAGCAUUUGGGUCAAAAUUAAGGGAGAGAAGAAUAACAGUGACCUCAUUGUGGGAGUUUACUAUAGAUCCCCAAGCCAAACGGAGGACAUAGAUGAUGCCUUCCUGGAACAGAUGGCCAAGCAUGCAAAAGGAAGGGAGAUAGUAGUAAUGGGGGACUUCAAUUACCCGGAUAUUUGUUGGAUGUCAAACUCAGCCAAGAGCAUAAGGUCAAACAGAUUCCUCACUGGCCUUGCAGACAACUUCAUUGUCCAGAAAGUGGGAGAAGCAACAAGAGGAACAGCCAUUUUAGAUCUGGUCCUAACCAAUGUUGAUGACCUGGUUAGUGGGGUAGAAGUGGAAGGAUCAUUAGGCGCAAGUGAUCAUGCUCUUCUGAAGUUUACUAUACAGCGGAAAGGAGCAGCCAAGCAUACUAGGACUCAAUUUCUUGACUUUAAGAAAGCUGACUUCAUAAAACUUAGGGAAGUGCUGGGUGAGAUCCCAUGGACAGUAAUACUAAAAGGAAAGGGAGUUCAUGAUGGCUGGGAGUUUGUUAAGAGGGAGAUACUAAAAGCACAACGUCAGGCAAUACCAAUGAGACGGAAACAUGGAAGGUGCCUAAAGAAGCCAGGGUGGCUAUCUAAAGAACUUUUAACUGAGUUAAGAUUAAAAAGGAUGUGUACAAAAAUGGAAAAGGGGGAAACCACCAAAGAGGAAUUCAAACAAAUAGCCAGCACGUGUAGACACAAAGUCAGAAAAGCUAAAGCACAGAAUGAACUCAGGCUUGCUAGAGAGGUUAAAAGCAACAAAAAAGGCUUUUAUGGGUAUGUCCGUAGCAAAAGGAAGAACAAAGAAACAGUGGGGUCACUCAGAGGAGAAGAUGGUGAAAUGCAAACAGGGGACACAGAAAGAGCUGAACUCCUCAAUGCCUUCUUUGCCUCAGUCUUCUCCGAUAAAGAAAACAAUGCCCGACCUGAAGAAUUUGGAGCAAAUGAUUCAGCAAAGGAAACACAGCCCAGAAUAACUAAGGAGAUAGUACAAGAAUACUUGGCUAGUUUAGAUGUAUUCAAGUCUCCAGGGCCAGAUGAACUGCAUCCAAGAGUAUUAAAAGAACUGGCAGAUGUGAUCUCAGAACCACUGGCAGUCAUCUUUGAGAAUUCCUGGAGAACAGGCGAAGUCCCGGCAGACUGGAGGAGGGCAAAUGUUGUCCCUAUUUUCAAAAAGGGGAAAAGAGAGGACCCAAAUAAUUACCGCCCAGUCAGUCUGACAUCAAUACCAGGGAAGAUUCUGGAGCAGAUCAUUAAGCAAACAGUCUGUGAGCACCUAGAAAGGAAUGCUGUGAUCACCAAUAGUCAGCAUGGAUUUCUGAAAAAUAAGUCAUGUCAGACUAACCUGAUCUCGUUUUUGACAGAAUUACAAGCCUGGUGGAUGAAGGGAACGCAGUGGAUGUAGCCUACCUUGAUUUCAGCAAGGCAUUUGACAAGGUGCCUCAUGAUAUUCUUGUAAAGAAGCUGGUAAAAUGUGGUCUUGACUAUGCUACCACUCAGUGGAUUUGUAACUGGCUGACUGACCGAACCCAAAGGGUGCUCAUCAAUGGUUCCUCUUCAUCCUGGAGAAGAGUGACUAGUGGGGUGCCACAGGGUUCUGUCUUGGGCCCGGUCUUAUUCAACAUCUUUAUCAACGACUUGGGUGAUGGACUCAAGGGCAUCCUGAUCAAAUUUGCAGAUGACACCAAAUUGGGAGGGGUGGCUAACACCCCAGAGGACAGGAUCACACUUCAAAACGACCUUGACAGAUUAGAGAACUGGGCCAAAACAAACAAGAUGAAUUUUAACAGGGAGAAAUGUAAAGUAUUGCACUUGGGCAAAAAAAAUGAGAGGCACAAAUACAAGAUGGGGACACCUGGCUUGAGAGCAGUACAUGUGAAAAGGAUCUAGGAGUCUUGGUUGACCACAAACUUCACAUGAGCCAACAGUGUGACGCGGCAGCUAAAAAGCCAAUGCAAUUCUGGGCUGCAUCAAUAGGAGUAUAGCAUCUAGAUCAAGGGAAGUAAUAGUGCCACUGUAUUCUGCUCUGGUCAGACCUCACCUGGAGUACUGUGUCCAGUUCUGGGCACCACACUUCAAGAAGGACAUUGACAAACUGGAACGUGUCCAGAGGAGGGCAACCAAAAUGGUCAAAGGCCUGGAAACGAUGCCUUAUGAGGAACGGCUAAGAGAGCUGGGCAUGUUUAGCCUGGAGAAGAGGAGGUUAAGGGGUGAUAUGAUAGCCAUGUUCAAAUAUAUAAAAGGAUGUCACAUAGAGGAGGGAGAAAGGUUGUUUUCUGCUGCUCCAGAGAAGCGGACACGGAGCAAUGGAUCCAAACUACAAGAAAGAAGAUUCCACCUAAACAUUAGGAAGAACUUCCUGACAGUAAGAGCUGUUCGACAGUGGAAUUUGCUGCCAAGGAGUGUGGUGGAGUCUCCUUCUUUGGAGGUCUUUAAGCAGAGGCUUGACAACCAUAUGUCAGGAGUGCUCUGAUGGUGUUUCCUGCUUGGCAGGGGGUUGGACUCGAUGGCCCUUGUGGUCUCUUCCAACUCUAUGAUUCUAUGAUUCCUUCCUUCCUUCCUCCCUCCCCUCCCCUCCCCUCCCCUCCCCUUCCUUCCUUCCUUCCUUCCUUCCUUCCUUCCUUCCUUCCUUCCUUCCUUCCUCCCUCCCCUCCCUUCCCCUCCCCUUCCUUCCUUCCUUCCUUCCUUCCAUCCUUCCUCCCUCCCUCCCCUCCCCUCCCCUCCCCUUCCUUCCUUCCUUCCUUCCUUCCUUCCUUCCUUCCUCCCUCCCCUCCCUUCCCCUCCUUCCUUCCUUCCUUCCUUCCUCUCCUUCCUCUCCUUCCUCCCCCUCCCCUCCCUCCCUUCCUUUCCUUCCUUCCUUCCUUUCCUUCCUCUCCUUCCUCCCUCCCCUCCCCUCCCUCCCUUCCUUCCUUCCUUCCUUCCUUCCUUCCUUCCUUCCAUCCUUCCUCCCUCCCUCCCCUCCCUCCCCUUCCUUCCUUCCUUCCUUCCUUCCUUCCAUCCAUCCUUCCUCCCUCCCUCCCCUUCCUUCCUCCCUUCCUUCCUUCCAUCCAUCCUUCCUUCCUUCCUUCCUUCCUUCCUUCCAUCCAUCCUCCUCCUUCCAUCCGUCCUCCCUUCCCCUCCCUUCCCCUCCCCUCCUCCUUCCAUCCUUCCUCCCUUCCCCUCCCCUCCCCUCCCCCCUUCCUUCCUUCCUUCCUUCCUUCCUUCCUUCCUUCCUCUCCUCUGUGGGGGCAGAAGGAAGAGACGUUUACAGGCUGGCCCUGGCAGGAUGUAUUGAGGGCCUGGUUUCCACUUGGGGGCUAAGCUGCCAACCCCCCUGUUUAUUUGGGUGGUGCGUAGCCCCACAACCUCCUCAGUAGCUGCACCCCCCUGGCGGAACGCCCUCCCGUCAGACGUCAAACAGAUAAACUAUGACUUUUAGAAGACACCCGAAGGCAGCCCUUUACAGGGUAGUUUUUAAUGUUUGAGGUUUUAUCUUGUUUUUAAUAACUCCCCAGAGUGGGGUAGCCCCUUCAGAUGAGCAGCAUAUGAACACUAAAAUUACUAUCAUCAUUGUUAUUUGUUGAAGUUGACCCCGGAGCAUGAACAUGGCUCAAAAUGCGCAGCCUGGAAGAAUCGAAGCGCUGUAGCUGCAAACCCCUUCAGUGCCAGCGAGAGGCGUGGGUGGCUGUGGGUGGCAGGAGGGGCUCCUCUGGCUCUGGUUCUCAGUCUGGGGGUUCCCCCACAUGCCCCCCUCUCUCUUGGCAGGCUGUCCGCCGGCCUCCUGCGCCAGGCCACCUACACCACCACCCGCCUGGGCAUCUACACCAUCCUCUUUGAGAAGCUCACCUCCUCCGACGGGACGCCCCCCAACUUCUUCAUGAAGGCCGUGAUCGGGAUGACGGCGGGCGCCAUUGGGGCCUUUGUGGGCACGCCUGCCGAGGUGGCGCUCAUCCGCAUGACGGCCGACGGCAGGUGGGUAGGGGAGACCCCUUGGUGCAUUGGCAGGGGGCAGGGGCACCCCUGUGCCAGAAGUGGGUGCCACCUCCAUCGUUUUUGGCCUUGUGCUGGCGGUGAAAUGCAGACCGGUUCUCUUUUCUGUUUGGGCAGCUACCGUAUUUUUCGCACUAUAAGAUGCACUUUUCCCCCUUCAAAAAUGAAGGGGAAAUGUGUGUGCGUCCUAUGGAGCAAAUGCAGGCUCCUUGGCUUCAGCGAUAGCAAUGCGAAGCCUCCGAAGUGCAGAGUGAGAGCUCCCUCCACGCUCCGGAGGCUUUGCGUUGCUUUCGCUGAAGCCUCUGGAGCGCAGUGCGAACUCCCACUGCGCUCCGGGGGCUUCAGGCAGCUAUCCGCAAGCCUUCGGAGCGCAGCAGGAGUUCCCACAGCACUCCAAAGGCUUGCGGAUAGCCGCCUGAAGCCUGGAGAGCGAGAGGGGUCGGUGCUUCGCUGGAGAGGCGCUGCACAGUUUUCCCUCUCUGCGCAGCGCCCCUUCAGCGAAGUGGGGGGAGAAAUGGAAGGGGCUCCGUUUUUCCUGCCGCUUCGCUGAAGGGGCGCUGAGCAGAGAGGGGGAGGAUUAUUAUUUUCCCUGUUCUCCCCCUCCUAUGGUCUGGUGCGUCCUAUAGAGCUAAAAAUACGGUAAUUUUUAUUUCGUACAUAAAACAAGAGAGAACGGUUAGAACAUUGAAAGAUAAGAAACAAACACAGAAGACGGGCAGGCAGAAUGAGUUCAGGGUUGAAAUAACCAGAGUCCGAGUAAAGACUGUCGGCAUUCUCCCAUCCAGUCUUGCUCCAGAGACACGUGCCAGGUUCUGACGAUGGUUUCGCUCUUUAGGUCCUAAAAGAAUGCCAAAUCACAUUGAAAGUGUCUGGAGGUUUUGAUCCUUGUAUCUUUAUCUAUAAAUUUCUUCUUUAUAGCACCAAGCUUCCAGUGUAAGAUUUGGGGUUGUUUCCCUUUGAGUUGCAACUAUUAUUUGUGAUGUCAAGAUCAUACAGGAGACCAAUUCUUUGGACAACAUAGCCACAUUGGUAUCACCGAAAAUACUCAGCAACUUUAAUUUUGGGUAGCAAGCCGUAGCUCCUUUAGUAAUAUUUAUCGUUUCUCUUGAAACCGGAUCCCCAAAACCUUGCAGCGACUUACUUUCCUGCCACUAACGAGCCGAGUUUUCUACAGUCCCUCCAGCAAUUAGGAAGAAAACAUUUUUGACAUUUGAAGAGUGUUAUUGUCUCUGUGCUGAUUUCAAGGAGUUUGCCCUAAGAAAGCUGGAAGCAGUCCAGCUGUUUCCAAGCAAAGAAUGUUAUCUGAGGAUCGAGUCCGGUCCCGGAUUUGGCCGGCUCGUCUUGGAAACGAAGGCUCCUCCGCCGUGCAUGUGAUAAAGGAAUGCAAAAAAUGCAGGCCGGUUCUGGUCGGGAAGAUCUGGGCCUGUUUCUCUCUCUUUCUCACUUCCUCUCUCUUCCUUCUUCUUCUUUCCUCUGUUCCAGGUUGCCUCCUGACCAAAGGAGGGGCUACACAAACGUCUUCAACGCGCUUCUGCGGAUAACCCGCGAGGAGGGGGUUCCCACGCUCUGGAGGGUACGGCCCUUUAGAAAGAGGGUGGGCUCGGGGAAAGUUUCGACUCUGCCCUCGUGAUUGCUCAAGUGUCACCCAAAAAGGAGGGUCAGGCCUCUUCUGCCAUGUAAUGAGUUUAUUACAGCAGAGGAAAUGGGCUCCCGUUCAUUUGCGAGUUCGCACAGAGGCGAGCUUGAGAAUUCCUCUUUUUGCCUGGCUAUCUGAUGCCGAUAACGGAAUGGAAAGAAAACCCUUCCUGCUUUCGGUAUUCAACCACUCUUGAAACUCUUUGCUUGCUUGCUCACCUGCCUUGGGCAGGUACAGUGGGACCUCUGCUCUUGAACCGCUCCGUUCCCGAACGUUUUGGCUCCUGAACAUUGAAAACCCGGAAGCAAAUGUUCCAGUUUUCGAAUGUCCCUCGGAACCCAAAUGUCCGACACGGCUUCUGUUCUGCAAAAAGCCUAGCUGCCAAAGAAGCCUCAGAAUUUGAAUGUUUCGGAAGUCGAACGUCCUUCCGGGACAGAUUAAGUUCGACUUCCGAGGGGGCUGUUCCUGCUGCCUCUCAUCUCCGCCAUUGCAUUUUCCAAGUGUCUUUCUCCCUUAGCUAAACUUACUUGGGGGCAAAAUAAGGAGGGAGGAUCUCCCUGUCGGGCCUGGGAAAACAGCUUGCUCUCGCCUUAAUUCUAGGCUCUGCUAAGUGGUCUCCUCGCCCCAAAACACAGGUCUGUGUUUUGUGCCUCUGCCAGGGCAAGGGGUUUCCUCCUGCUGAUCUCCAGCGUCCAUUUUAAGAGAGCAGCUCUGGGCGGGUUUGAGGUCUCUGCAGCCAGGCUAGUCUCUUUGCAAACAGAUGAACCAUCGAAGAGGGUCCUGUGGCCCCUUCGACUCCUUUCUGGGUUCCCAUCCCUCUGGCCUGGCCCUGGACACAAGGCUGGCCUCAGCCACCCAGCCUCCACCUUUUGCCCUUUCUCGGGGCUGCCAACCCAGGAGGGGAAGAGCCACAGCUCAGCCGGCUCCGGGUUCAACCUCUUAGCAGCACCUGCUGACAGAGAUGUUUACUCCCUGAAACCCUGGAGAGCCUCUGCUGCUGCUGAUCAGUGUAAAAAGGUAAAGGGACCCCUGACCAUUAGAUCCAGUCGUGGCCGACUCUGGGGUUGCGGCGCUCAUCUCGCUUUAGUGGCCGAGGGAGCCGGCAUACAGCUUCCGGGUCAUGUGGCCAGCAGGACUAAGCCGCUUCUGGCGAACCAGAGCAGCGCACGGAAACGCCGUUUACCUUCCCGCCGGAGCGGUACCUAUUUAUCUGCUUGCACUUCAUGCUUUCAAACUGCUAGGUUGGCAGGAGCUGAGACCGAGCAACGGGAGCUCACCCCGUCGCGGGGAUUCGAACCGCCGACCUUCCGAUCGGCAAGCCCUAGGCUCGGUGGUUUAACCCACAGCGCCACCCGUGUCCUGGCUGGUCAGUGUAGACAGCACUAAUCUAGACGGACCCAGUGGGCUGGCUGGUCUGCCCUUCCUGGCCGCUGAUCUGAGCAGCUGCUCCUUCGCCGCAGGGCGAGAGCCCCUCUCCCUACCUUGAGGGGAGCUUCCGAUGCCCCCCCCCAGCCCCUAAUGGCUUUUCUCCUCCAUCCCAUAGGGCUGUGUCCCCACCAUGGCCAGAGCCGUCGUUGUCAACGCAGCCCAGCUGGCCUCCUACUCCCAGUCCAAGCAGUUCCUCCUUGAUUCGGGUAAGCGGCGUCCCAGUUGGGGGCAGAGGGGUGAGGAAGGCCUGGAGGGGUCUCCGUCCUCUCUGCCGGCCCAGCCAGGCCCCUGCAAGCUCUGCCGCCCUCUUUCCUGUAGGGCUUGAGGGCUCCCAGAGGGGAAGGGGGGUUCAGGGGUCCCAGAGGCGACGGCAGCAGCAGCAGGAGCCGAAACUUCCUCCGCCUCGUCCGCAGGUUACUUCCGGGACAACAUCUUGUGCCACUUCUGUGCCAGCAUGAUCAGUGGUUUGGUGACGACUGCAGCCUCCAUGCCAGUGGAUAUUGCCAAGACCAGGUCAGGGAGACAAGGAAGUGGGUCUUGGGUCUGCUGGGGGGCGGGGGAGGAAGGAAGAGCAGCCUUUGGGGGUGGGGGUGAGGUCAGGGAGGGAGAGGGCAGCCUGGGAUUGACCCUCUUCUUUGUAAAUUAUUAUUAUUAUUAUUAUUAUUAUUAUUAUUAUUAUUAUUAUUAUUAUAUUUUAUUUAUACCCCGCCCUCCCUGCCCAAAGCCAGGCUCAGGGUGGCUAACACCAGUAAAAUUACAGUAAACACAUAAUUGGGGCGGGGGGGGGGGGACCAGUUUAAAAUACAGCUUAAAAUGCAUUUUAAAAUGCAGUCUCGUUUUAAAAGCAGCCUAUAGAUCAAGACCAUAAGGGGAGGGAAACAUAAGGGUCAGACUAAGUCCAAGCCAAAGGCCAGGCAGAACAGCUCUGUCUUGCAGGCCCUGCGGAAAGAUGUCAAGUCCCGCAGGGAGCGUUCCACCACGUUGGGGCCAGUGCUGAAAAGGCCCUGGCCCUAGUUGAGACCAAUCUAAUCACCUUGCGACCUGGGACCUCCAAAAUGUUGUCAUUUGUGGACCUUAUUAAAUGCAUAACAAGCAGAACAUCCCCAGAUUUCAACAAGAGAAACGGGACAAUUGAGCAUGAUCAGGUACAGGGUAGGGAGACAAAAAGCAGGAAGAGAAAUAUUGCAAGAGACAGGUGCCAAACAGGCAAUUUGUUCCUGAUUUCUUUAUGGCGUUUAAACCGCCUUUUCCUCCAAGGAGCUCAAGCUGAUUCCUCGUUUAAUCCCCACAACGACCUUGUGGGGUAGGCCAGGCUGAGAGACCUUAGUGGCUGGCCCCCAAGGUCUUACCCAAGCGAGCUCCAUGCCUGAGUGGAGGAUUCGAACCCCAGCCUCUCCCAGCUCCUAGUCCAACACUCCCACAACUGUACCGCACUGGCCGGAAGCGGCUUCAGCAGCAGAGGGUGCGCAUCUUACCCCCCCUUUUUUUUGCAUUUCCCCCUCCAGGAUCCAGAACAUGCGGAUGAUUGACGGAAAGCCAGAGUACCGGAACGGGCUGGUGAGUGUGGGCCGGGCUCUUUGGGGGGGAUCUUGCCUCUAUUCCCCACCCCAGUCAGGGAAGCACGGAAACCCCCAUGAGGUUUGGCAUUGGGGGGAAAGAGGUUUAUAGUUCUCAAGGAUGCGCAACGUCAGUUUGGCAGCGAGCAGCUGCUCAGCAGAGCCGUCUGGAGGCGGUUGGGGGAUGGAGGGCGGCUAACAGAUUGAGGUCGAAUCCUGACAAGGCAGAAGUACUGUUUUUGGGGGACGGGUGGACAGGUGUGGAGGACUCCCUGGUCCUGAAUGGGGCAACUGUGCCCCUGAAGGACCAGGUGUGCAGCCUGGGAGUCAUUUUGGACUCACCGCUGUCCAUGGAGGCGCAGGUCAGUUCUGUGUCCAGGGCAGCUCCAUUUGGUACGCAGGAUGAGACCCUCCCUGCCCGCAGACUGGCUUGCCAGAGUCGUGCAUGCUCUGGUUAUCUCUCGCUUGGACUACUGCCAUGCGCUCUACGUGGGGCUACCUUUGAAGGUGACCCGGAAACUACAACUAAUCCAGAAUGUGGCAGCCAGACUGGUGACUGGGAGCGGCCGCCGAGACCACAUAACACCGGUCCUGAGAGAUCUGCAUUGGCUCCCAGUACGUUCCCGAGCACAAGUCAAAGUGUUGGUGUCAAAGAGAUCAACAGCUACCAGACUUUUAGAAGACAUCUGAAGGCAGCCCUGUUUAGGGAAGCUUUUAAUGUUUGAUGUAUUACAGUAUUUUAAUAUUUUUUUGGAAGCCUCCCAGAGUGGCUGGGGAAGCCCAGCCAGAUGGGUAGGAUAUAAAUAAUAAAUUAUUAUUAUUAUCAGCAGCUGGAAUGGACUGGAGUGGGCUGCUCAGGAUGCCUUGCGGUUGUUGGGGAAGAGGGGAGGCUGGGUUCAGUCUCUCACCACCACCACCCCGGCCUCUCCCCACAGCUUGCGUCAUGCCCCACACCAGAGCCAAGCCCAGGGCCUGCAGUUCAAAGGGCCACCUCUCUCCCUGGCUGGCAGGGGGAAGCUGCUUCAAGCUCCUUCUUUCCUGGAAGGGGGGGAAGACUUUGGACCCCAGGCCCCUCUCCCUUCGGAGGAGGACUUUGCCCUCCCAGCCAAGGGCCCUGGAGACGGAUCACGGAGCCCACAGUAUGCAGAGCUUGCUUCCUUGCUUUUGUCCCUGGGUUGAAAAACACACAGAGAUCUCCUAACCUUUGCUCUCCCUUCACAGCUGGAGCCAGCAAUGUUUCUGAACACCAUUUGCUGGAAAAAAUUAUUAUUUAUUUAUACAUACAUACAUACAUACAUACAUACCCAAGGGACACAGGUGACGCUGUGGGUUAAACCACAGAGCCUAGGACUUGCUGAUCAGAAGGUCGGUGGUUCGAAUCCCCGUGACGGGGUGAGCUCCCGUUGCUCGGUCCCUGCUCCUGCCCACCUAGCAGUUCGAAAGCACGUCAAAGUGCAAGUAGAUAAAUAGGUACCGCUCCAGCAGGAAGGUAAACGGCGUUUCCGUGCGCUGCUCUGGUUCGCCAGAAGUGGCUUAGUCCUGCUGGCCACAUGACCCGGAAGCUGUGCGCCGGCUCCCUCGGCCAAUAAAGCGAGAUGAGUGCCGCAACCCCAGAGUCGGACACAACUGGACCUAAUGGUCAGGGGUCCCUUUACCUUUACAUACAUACAUACCCCACCCAUCUGGCUAGGUUUCCCCAGCCACACAAUAAAACAUCAAACAUUAAAAGCUUCCCUAAACAGGGCUGCCUUCAGAUGUCUUCUAAAAGUCAGGUAGGUAUUUAUUUCCUUUACAUCUGAAGGGAGGACGUUCCACAGGGCAGGCGCCACUACCAAGAAGGCCCUCUGCCUGGUUCCCUGCAAUUUCAGUUCUCGCAGUGAGGGAACCGCCAGAAGGCCCUCGGAGCUGGACCUCAGUGUCCGGGUGGAACAAUGGAGGUGGAGACACUCCUUCAGGUCUACUGGACCUUUGAGGCUGUUUAGGGCUUUCAAGGUCAGCACCAACACUUUGAAUUGUGCUCAGAAAUGUCCUGGGAGCCAAUGUAGAUCUCUCAGGACCGGUGUUAUGUGGUCCCGGUGGCCACUCCCAGUCCCCAGUCUAGCUGCCGCGUUCUGGAUUAGUUGUAGUUUCCGGGUCACCUUCAAAGGCAGCCCCACGUAGAGCGCAUGGCAGUAGUCCAAGCGGGAGAUAACCAGAGCAUGCACCACUCUGGCCAGACAGUCCAUGGGCAGGAGGGGAGAGGGUUGCUCCUGCGCUUGGGUCCUGCUUCUGGAUUUCCCUUGGGGGCAUCUGGUCAGCCACAGUGGGAACCAGACGCUGGGCUGGGUGGACCAAUGGGCGGAUCCUGCAGGGUUUCACUUCUGUUCUUUGCUCCUCCGCCAGUGGUGGGGGCCAGUGCCGGCCUCCCUUCUCUUGCCCUUGGAGAGGCGUUUUGCUUCUCCCCGCAGCCGAUUCGGAGGGGCUGCUUGGCAGGCACAAAACAGACCUCUUUCCCCCCCCGGACUUUGCCCCGCCAGCUUCCGGUGCGUCUCGUUUUGCCGGAGGAGAGAAGCGGCCAAAGUCCAGGCGGCCGGUCGCUCUUUCCCUUCUGGGAGAGCUAGGAUUGCACAGGGGCUGGUGACCCCCUCAGGCCUCCUCUGCCCUCCCACUGUUAUAUCUGCCCACCAGACACCCACCUCCCCACUGCCAGCAAUAAAGCAAUAAAUCGUGAAAUUCUCUUUUUGGAGAGAAGCAAAACAGCUCCGGCCUGGGCAUCCGAGCGACUCUUGCCUUGCCCCAGCUCUCUCAGUCCCCAUCUUCUUCCCUGAUUCCUUCCCAAACAAUCCUUCAUCUUGUCUCUCUCUGCCCCGUCCUCUUCAGACCUCCAGAGGUCAUCCGGUCCAACCCCAGCAAAUCCCUCGGGUUCCUGCCUGUUCCGCCAUCCCCUUCCUUCUUGCCACAUUUGCACCCCACCUUUUUCUCCCCAUGGGGUGCAAGGGGGGCAUCCUUGCCUGGCUCUCCCCACCUCAUUCAUUUUUUUGUUUUUGAAAUCAUUUUCUAUUUGAUAUUACAAAUAGAAACUUAUAACAUUCCAAAUGCAUAUCUAUAUAUAGAGGAAUACUCUGAAUCUUGAGACUUCCCAUCCCCUCCGUGGGUCCUAUUGUCCACAUUGACAACUGCACAUUAUUCCAUAAUCUAUAUUUCGUAUCCAUCCAUAUUAGACAUAUUGUUGGUUGCAUUACAACUGAGAUUAAAACACUGCUAAUGUUUUCAUCUGCUUGCAGUGCUCUCCUAAAUAAAUUACAAUUUCCCCCCAUUCUUUUUUAAAGUUUUUGUCCUCUUGGAUCCUGAGCUUUCCGGUCAGUUUUGCCAUUUCGGCAGAGUCCCACAGCUUUAUUUGCCAUUACUCUCUGGUAGAGACUUUGCCUUCUUCCCAUCUCUGGGCUAGUGGCAUCCGUGCUGCUGUUGUUCCAUACAUAAAAAGUCUUUUCUGAUCCUUUGGGGUGUCGGUACCUACAAUUUCUAAUAGAAAAGCUUCUGGUUUUUUAACAAAAGCUAUUUUAAACAUUUUCUUCAUUUCAUUAUACAUCAUCUGCCAGAAAGCUUUUGUUAUGUUACAGUUCCACCACAUGCGAUAAAAAGGUACCUUCUUUUUCUUUACGUUUCCAGCAGAUAUUUGAACUUCUCCUAUACCUUUUUGCUAACUUAGGUAAAGGUAAAGGGACCCCUAACCAUUAGGUCCAGUCGUGGACGACUCUGGGGUUGCGGCACUCAUCUCACUUUACUGGCCGAGGGAGCCGGCGUGCAGCUUCCGGGUCAUGUGGCCAGCAGGACUAAGCCGCUUCUGGCAAACCAGAGCAGCGCACGGAAACGCCGUUUACCUUCCCGCCGGAGCGGUACCUAUUUAUCUACUUGCAGUUUGACAUGGUUUCAAACUGCUAGGUUGGCAGGAGCAGGGACUGAGCAACGGGAGCUCACCCCGUCGCAGGAUUUCGAACCGCCAACCUUCUGAUCAGCAAGCCCUAGGCUCUGUGGUUUAACCCAUAGCGCCACCUGCGUCCCUUUGCUAACUUAGUAGGAGUCAAAUACCGCCUCUCACCACCUCAUUUAAUCUCAAAAACAACCACCACCCUGCGAGGUGGGUCAGGCGUAAAGAGUGAUUCCCCGGCCCUCAAGCUCCCCCCCCAGCGAGCUUCCUUCGCGCUGCGGCCCUAGCUCUAACCACUGCACCAUCCAUGCCCCUGACCCCGCCUCCCUUUGCCUUGCAGGACGUGCUGGUGAAAGUGAUCCGCUACGAGGGCUUCUUCAGCCUGUGGAAAGGCUUCACCCCCUACUACGCCCGCCUGGGGCCCCACACCGUCCUCACCUUCAUCUUCCUGGAACAGAUGAACAAGUUCUACAAGCAGUUCUUCCUCAGUGCCUGAGUUUGGGGGAGCGAAGGAGAGACCCCCCCCUCGACUCCUGGAGCUCCCCUUUCUCAAGUGCCAUGAGCGCACCUUCCGAGAGCCCCUUACCUGUGGGGAGGGAGGGGGUGCCUGCCUUCUCCCUCGCCCCACCCCUAAAAAAAUUCAUUUUUUCAGAGUGUGUCUAGGCCUGCUCUCCCCAUCUCUCUCUCUCACACACACAUCUAGCCAAUCAUGAGGCAGGAUUUCUCCCCUCCUGGUGCACUGUGGGCAGAUGGUGGAGAACGCUGUGUUUUUGGGGGGGUUAAAAUUCAUUUAAAAUUAUUUAUUGCCAGGGGAGGGGGGAGUUCUGGGCCGGGGGCCGCCGGUGGGACGUUCCCUUUCCCUCCCCACAAUCGAACUGCCGGCUGUGUUGUGGCCGUGUGGCCAGUGACGGUUCCGCCGUCCCCAUCCCCAACUUUGCUUUCGACUUAGUAAAAACCAAUCAUGGUCUUAAAACCGU